AUGCUUCCCAACAACAAUAACAUCUCCACGUCGACGAUGAUGACGUCAACGUCAUCAGAAUCCUUCAACACUGAUGACCCCAUUUUUCCACCGGAACCGAUUCUUGGGGACUAUGUGGAAAUGUUCACGCUGGUGCUGAACUUCAUCGUUGGAGCACCACUGAAUCUAGCGGCAUAUACACAGCUCAGCGAACGUCCCACUUCCACUCGUCUGGAUCUUUUGAAACGAUCGUUGAACUACUCGGACCUCCUCGUUUUGUUCAUUUAUGUACCAUCACGUGCUUGUUGGCUACUCACAUAUGAUUGGAGAGGAGGAGAUGCUCUAUGCAAAAUUGUCAAAAUGUUUCACACUUUUGCGUUUCAGUUAUUUGUAUGGAAAGCCUAUUUAGCAUUACCGGAGUAUAAUUGGAGUCAAUGUCUUCAAAUCUGGGAAAUCGCGCGGAUGGAAAACUUUGGAAAGCCUCAAGUGGUGUCGCAUUUUGAUGCAGAGUUCUGGUACAGUAUACUUCAUAUAUCCCUGGUGUUUUGGAUUCCCUGUAUUAUCAUAAUGCUCUCCUACAUCAUCGUCAUCUCCUGGGUGUGGAUCAACUCUCGACCCUCCAUCCGUCACACGUCUUCAUUCUCCUUCCACACCGGCUGCGAUACGGUAGAUACUGUACUUACACGAGCCUCUGAAUGGAACCCUUUGAAGACAUUCUCCCGUCACGUCAAGGAACCCGAGAAGCCAUUGCCCACCCCAAGAAUUGUGGUAAGCGACGAAACAGAGGUUCCCUUAACCCAAAGACCAUCAAUCUCUCCUUCUGAAGCAUCAGCAGUUAUGAGGACCGGAGUACAUACUAGCACUUCAUAUAACGCUAAUUUGAAUAGAUCCCGCGCCCUUCGUGUGUCCUUCCUACUGGUCCUUGCCUAUAUCAUUUGCUGGCUACCGUAUAACCUAAUCAGUUUAAUUCAAUUAUUGCAUCGUGACUUUUUCGAGUCAUAUCUUAAACAUGUCCAUUUCUGCCAACAACUAAUCAUUUUCAAUUCGGUUGUCAACCCGUACCUUUACGGUUUCUUUGGUCCACAUCGCCCACAAAAUUCUGGAAUUAACGGACGCUAA